AUGGAUUCGCCAUCGCCAGGGGAUUCUACAACCACCAACGAGUCAUACGCCACCGCCAGCCAGGCGUCUGACGACUUUGCGCUCGCCGAAUCGCUCCUCUCCUUGUCGCUCAACCAUGGCACUCAAGCGGGGGCCAUCGCGCCUGUCGUGGCUGGAGCAGCACUUGUGAAGGAGGAGGAGGUUUCUGCAGAGCUGCCAACGGAGCCGCCGGCCACCGCAUCCACUGUCGACGCCUCCUCGCCCUCUGUCGCCCCACCUGCACCUCGCCGACCUCGAACAGCCGUCAUCCUCCAGCCAGCUUGCGCCAACCACCGCUACAUCCGCAACACCGACAUUGGAACGAUCGUCGAGCGGCCAGAGCGGUUAAGAGCGGUCAAGGUCGGUAUCGCAGCGGCUUGGGCGAGGCUGGAGGAGCGUGAAGUCAUGCGAGGCGGUGAGCGGUGGAAGCCGAUCGAGGCGAAGGAGGCGGAUCAAGAGAGCGAUCUGGAUGCGCUCAUGGGCGGCUUGAGCAUCGGCGGAGCGGGAAAGACCGGCGCAACGAAGCGAAGGAAACGAGAAGUCGUUGGCGGGCCCUUCGACAUCCUAGAAUCUUCGGCGGUGUUGGCGCUGGACGACUCUGCCCUCCAAUACAUCCAUUCGAAACCGAAUCUGUCGCCGGACGACGAAGCCGACGAAGCCGCCUGGACCUCCGCCUCUUCCGACUCCUCCCCAGACCCUCGAUCUGCACCCGCCGCCGGUCCGACGCCAAGAGCUCCCGCAGCCCCUCCCGCAUGGCCAGUCCAGCUCCAGCGCCUCUGCCGACAGUCAGCCUCGGCAGUUCAGCAGCCUCCUCAUUCCGAGAUCCCCGCCCAUCUCCCGCAAGGCGAUCUGUACCUCUGUCCCGGCAGCGAAGAAGCGAUCUUCGGCGCUCUUGGAGCUGUCUGCGAGGGCGUGGAUCGUCUUGUCGCCCGCGAACCGGACGCUGAGCAGGUUUACGACCGGGCCUUCGUCUCGGUAAGACCGCCAGGUCAUCACUGCGGCGAGGCGAAUCCUCAGGGCUUCUGUUUCGUCAACAACGUCGCGGUUGCAGCUGCUCAUGCGCACCUGAAGCACGGCAUCAACCGCGUCGUAAUUCUCGACAUCGACUUGCACCACGGCAACGGAACCCAGGAGAUUGCUUGGCGGAUCGGCGCGGAGGCGAACCGAAUCCUGACCGAGCGACGAGCGAAGACGCCUUCUGCGUCGCCUCGCAAGGGGACAGGAUCCUCGCCGAAAAAGACAGCGGCGCCUCUUCCUCCUCCGACAGCUCCGCCUCGACCGCUUCAGAUCAUGUACGCCUCCUUGCACGACAUCUGGUCUUACCCUUGCGAGGACGGCGACCCUGGCCUUGUCGCAGCCGCUUCGACAAAUCUCGCCGGCGGACACGGACAAUGGAUCUCGAACGUUCACCUCGAGCCGUGGCGCGACGAGCAGCACUUCCACAACGAGCUGUACCCGGGGUAUCGCGAAGGAUUGCUCGGGCGAGCGGAGGAGUUUUGCCGGAAGGUUGAGGAGGAGGGACGAGUUGCGGGAGAGAAGACGCUCGUCAUCGUCUCUGCCGGCUUCGACGCAUCUGAGCAUGAGUCUGCCGGCAUGUCUCGACACCUUCGCAACGUCCCAACCUCGUUCUACCGGCGCUUCGCCCGCGACACAGUCGACUUUGCCGCUUCCUUCGCUCGUGGGAAGGUCCUGGCGGUCCUCGAAGGCGGUUACUCGGAUCGGGCGCUGGCCAGCUCGACCGCGUCGUUCUUGACAGGUCUUGUUGCGACGUCUGGCUCGUCCGCAUCGCAAGGCCCGCCCGCGGAUGUCGAGGAGGAUGCAUGGUGGACUGAGGCGACGCUCAAGAAGCUCGAGAAGGCAUGUUCGGUCGCCAAGACUCGUCGUGCGGCCGCUCCGCCUAGCCUCGUCGGUGUUGAUGCAUCCGCAGAAGCUUGGCUCUCUCGGAGUGUCGACAUCUUCAGCCGACUCGAAGACGUCGCUGCGGCGUCAAGUAAAGCAUCCACAGCGGCCGCUACAGCAGGACAGGCGGACAACUCGCCAACCACGUCCCGACAGCUGCGCGAACGUCGCGCUCGCCCGAACUACGCCGGUCUCGACGACGGGUCGACGCCUCUCCCAUCUCCCUCGCGCUCGACUGCGUCCCAGCCUCGUCGAAUGGCAUCUUCGUCGCGCUUGAAGGCCGAGAGGAACGCUCCGCCCGUCCUUCCGCCUGCCAUCCCGACGCUUCCUGGACCGCCUAUCACCAAAGCCACGAUCUAUCCUCCGCCGUCGGCCGAGUCGACAGUCCCCGACGCGCCAACGACAAUAGCGCCGCCACCGCCUCCUUCAAAGCAGACGAUCCGUUUCACGUGGAAGGAAGGUGGUUUCAGCGGUCCGCCACGGAUGUAG